AUGUACAAUGACAGCCAUCUGCACGACGAUGUGAUGACUUUGAUCAUCAAGAAAGCCCGAUUCGUCGAUCUCCGCACCUGUCCACAGUCAAGCACAGUUGUGUCCCGCAUUCUGGGCGCAGAAAACUUGCUGUACGUGGACGUCGACAGCACUCACAGGCCGAAUAUGUACUUCACUGAGAAUGACUAUGCUGUGCAUGUUGAUACGGCCGAUAUCCUAAGGAGGGGUGUGGAGAUCCGAGGACAGUCUUAUGCAUAUCUGGGCCAUUCACGCGGAGCCGCUGUGCCUCACAGUGAGCGUAAGCUAUGGUUCCAUAAAG